CUCCCACUCCAUCUCCGUCUAGUCCAGUCUGAGCCUGGUUGACAUUGUGGCUGUGUGUGGAGCUUCAGAAAUUUCCCUGCUGUAGUAAAAGUGUGGAUCACAUUGCAAGGACACAGGGGAGGAAAGGGUGAAAAAGAAUUCUUCUGGUGGACGAGGUUGGAUUGAGCAUUGAGACGGCUGAAAAGUCAAAAACUCCAAACCAAAGGAUUCUGCAGUUGGAAGAGCAGCAGGUAUGAAGAGCCAGACUGUGGUUGUGUCUGUGGCUCUGCUGGCCCUGUGCUGCCUGCUGGUCCCCAGAGGAGGGGAGAGCGCUGGGGGGAUAGUUUCUCUCCGGCAGAUUGAGGCAGAGAAGCAGGCAGGGGCUCAGCUCCGAGACGAGUCCCUGGAUAACCCAGAGAGUGAGCAAGGACUUGCAGUGGACCCACACCCACUGGGGAGCAGCAACAAGGACAAAAGAGACACAGAGGAGGCUGAACGAGCAGGUAUUUUGAGCAGAGUGAGGAGAGAACCAGAAGAAGGCAAAAAGAAGAAAAAGGACAAGAAGAAGAAGAAAGAGCCAAAGGACCCCAAUGCCACCAAAAAGCCCAAAACUGACAAGAAGGGAAAGAAGAAGGACCGGCAGACAACAACCACAACUCUACCGCCAACCACCACAGCGAUCCCGACUGAACCACCUACUGAACCGGAGCCAUUCACUGACUAUGUCUAUCCUGAUGUUGACGAUGAUUACUGGAAACCGGACGAUGACUACUGGGAGGCCGAGCUCACACCAUCCACGCCUGAGCCUGAGCUCGAGCUUGAGCCUGAGCCCGAGCCUGAGCCCGAGCCCGAGACUCCGAUACCAGAUCUUACAUAUGACGACUGGAAGCCAGAGGAGGAACAGCCAGCUGCUCCAGUGACAGACGUCUAUGAUGACUACUGGAAACCAGAGGAAAAUGAGCUGUACACUCCAGCGCCUGACGCCUACGAUGACUUCUGGAAACCUGAUGAGAAAGAUCCUUCUACUCCAGCACCUGACGCCUACGACGACUACUGGACACCAGACGAUAAAGAACCAUACGCUCCUGUGACUGACAACUAUGACAGCUACUGGAAAGAGGUGGACACAACGCCCCCUGCCCCUGGGGUGGAUAGGAAGGCCGGGACAGAUGACACCGACUACUGGGACGUUGAGGUGCCGGAGAAUCUUCCCUUCCCUGAUGGUUCAGAAGUCGGCCCUGAAAUCAAAGUCGAAACUCUUCCAGAGGAGCCCACAGCCACUGCUCCCUACGAGGGGACGUGGUAUGAGGAUUACGACGAAUACGGAAUGAGGAGGAAAGAAGACGAGACGGACGACAAAUGGAUGCAGAAGGAGAGAGAGAGAGCAGAAAAAGAAAGAGCGAGAGAAGAGAGAGAGAGAGCGCAGAAGCUGAAGGAGGCAGAGGAGCGGGCCAGGAACAGACCACGUGUCUUCAAAGAGCCAAAGAAGUGUCCUCCCCUGGGGAUGGAGUCCCAUAAGAUCGAGCCAGACCAGCUUACAGCCUCCUCUAUGUCUCAGUAUGGUUUUGCACCUCAGAGGGCGCGCCUCAACAUGCAGGGCUCAGAAGAUGAAGAAAACAUGAGAGGUGGAGCGUGGUGUGCAAACUCCGAGGACAAGAUCCACUGGUUUGAGAUCGAUGCUCGCAGGGAGACGGAGUUCACAGGAGUCGUGACACAAGGACGAAACUCGAUGAACGAGAGUGACUACGUGAUGUCCUACUUCCUCGCUUUCAGCAAUGACAGCAGAGAGUGGACCACCAUCCAUGAUGGAUACACUGACUGGUUGUUCUUUGGAAACAGCGAUAGGGAGACUCCGGUGUUGAACCAGCUGGCAGAGCCUGUGCUGGCCCGCUACAUACGAAUCAUCCCUCAGAGCUGGAACGGCUCCCUGUGUAUGAGGCUGGAGGUCCUCGGCUGCCCCCAGCCCGAUCCAGUGGAUGUUCAGUACAGGCAAAAUGAAGUGACUCCAGUAGAUUACCUAAAGUUCAAGCAUCACAGCUACUCAGAGAUGGUUUCAGUUAUGAAGUCAGUGAACGGCGAGUGUCCCAACAUCACCAGCAUCUACAGCCUGGGCCGCAGCUCCAAGGGACUCGAUAUCAUGGCCAUGAUCAUCUCUGGCAACCCCACGGAGCACGAAAUAGGUGAGCCAGAGUUGCGCUUCACGGCAGGUCUCCACGGAAACGAGGCAGUGGGUCGGGAGAUGCUGCUGCUUCUCAUGCAGUAUCUGUGCAAAGAGCACAAAGACAGAAACCCCAGAGUCCAGCGGCUGGUGGAGGGAAUACGCAUCCACCUGGUGCCAUCGCUUAACCCCGACGGACAUGUGGAAGCAUUUGAAGCGGGAUCAGAGCUGAGUGGAUGGAAAACGGGACAUUUCACUGAUGAAGGCUUCGACAUCUUCCAGAACUUCCCCGACCUCAAUAGCGUCCUGUGGGAUGCUGAAGAUAAGGGCCUGGUGCCCAAACUCACACCCAAUCACCACGUGCCCUUACCGGAUCACUUCGAGACCAACAGCUCGUGUGCUGUGGAAACCAAGGCCAUAAUCUCCUGGAUGAAAAGCCAUCCAUUUGUGUUAGGUGCAAACUUCCAGGGUGGGGAGAGAAUUGUGGCCUACCCUUAUGACAGCUUACGUCUCAACAAGCCUGCCGAACAGCCAAACACCUCCAGCCGCAAGAAGAGACAGUAUGAAGAAGAAAGUUUUGAUGUGUCAGAGUAUGGAAGGGGAUACCACGAGGAGCCAGAGGAAGAUAGGAGAGAAAGGGGAUACGGAGAGCCAGAGGAGGAGCAGAGGGGCUACGACCAGAACCAAGGUUACGAACGCGGCUACGACCAGAACCAAGGUUACGAUCGAGGCUACGACCAGAACCAAGGCUACAACCAGAACCAAGGAUACGAUCGCGGCUACGAUCAGAACCAAGGAUACGACCGCGGCUACGACCAGAACCAAGGACACGACCAUGGCUAUGACCAGAGCCAAGGAUACGACCGCGGCUAUGACCAGAGCCAAGGAUACGACCGCGGCUACGACCAGAGCCAAGGAUACGACCAUGGCUACGACCAAAACCAAGGACAUGGCCAAAGAGAGGAGGACGAGGAUGAUAGAGGAAGAAGCGGCGGCUACCAGUACGCCGAGCCAGAGGAUGAGCCUCGGGUGAUCGCAGACGAGUCCCUCUUCAGGUGGCUGGCUGUCUCCUAUGCCUCCACACACCUGACCUUGACACACAACUACCACGGCUCCUGCCACGGAGACAUCGCCGCAGGCGUGCACGGCAUCGUCAAUCGAGCCAAAUGGAAGCCAAUCACAGGAAGUAUGAAUGAUUUCAGCUACCUGCACACCAACUGUUUUGAGCUAUCCAUAUUCCUGGGAUGUGAUAAGUUCCCUCAUCAAAGUGAGUUGGCGUAUGAGUGGGAGAAGAACAGAGAAGCAAUGCUCAUCUUCAUGGAGCAGGUGCAUCGUGGCGUCAGGGGCAUUGUGAAGGAUCAGCAGGGGAACGCCAUUGCAAAUGCCACAGUGUCUGUAGAGGGGAUAAACCACGAUGUCACGACAGCACCAACAGGGGACUACUGGCGGCUGCUUAACCCGGGGGAGUACCGCGUGACUGCUCGAGCGGAGGGGUUCUCCUCUGUGACCAAACUGUGUGUGGUGGGGUACCAGCCAGGAGCAACCACCUGCAGCUUCAACCUGGCCAAGUCCAACUGGGACCGCAUUAAACAGAUCAUGGCCCUCAAUGGCAACAAGCCAAUUAGACUCAGCUACGGCAACAACAGAGUGCAGUUACCUGCAGUUGCUAAUGGCAACAGGCGCGUUGUUGGCGGCAACAAUGGGUAUUCACAGAACUCACAAGUCAGCGCCGAGCGGCAGAGGAGACUCAGGAUAGCUCGCAUCCGUCGCCUUCGGCAACAGAGAUUACUGAAGUUAAAAUCAACAACGACAUUUCCUCCGACAACAACAACAACCACAAUAACCACAAUUCCCACAACGCCAGAGACCACCACAUCCUGGUACGACUCGUGGGUCGUAGGGGAGGGACAGUCCUCGACGCCUGGCGGCUUCACAGACUCCAUCCUGGAUUAUAACUACGAGUACAAGAUUGAUGAUUAUUAAUGUCAACACACACACACACACACACACACACACACACGCGAUUCAGUAAAACAUGCAACUUUCCUCUCCUGCAAUUAGUUCUCAUUGCCAUGUUGUACUCGAGCAGACUGAUUAAGAGAAUCAAAUAAGGAAUCCUGUCUUUGUACGACACACAAAUGGGAAUGUACAGAAUAUUAACGACAAUAAUUGUAUAAAGAUCUAUUUCCUACCAAAAUGCCUCUUCAGAUAUUGACGCUGUUACACUUCACACUGACUUUCUCUUUUUGCUUCAUGAAAAGAUGUUUAUUGUGGAUGCACAUAAAAAAAAUGAAUUAUUUACACAAAUGUUUGAGCAGUCACUAAAGGGUUAAAAAGCUUUUGUUCAAAGUUGGUAACAGAGUCAGAGGUCAUGUUGUCUCCGACACAGUGAAGUAGUUAUUCCUCAAAUAAAAGCUUGUUACUGUAAUACACAACGCUUGUCUUUAUUUAUUAAAGCACCUUUGUGAA